AUGGAGGACGUGGAGUUUGAGCAUAAUGAGACCCCACCGCCCCCCCCCAUCCACCAAAAGACACAACAAGUUUUGGCUGCAGGAUGUAAUAUCGUGUCAGUGACUUCUCCGUCAGCAUCAACACUGAACGUGAUAUGGAGCAGCUACCCCGGAGCUUCGGUGUAUUCACUGACCCUGAGAGUCGUGAACUCCACCAGUUUCGCCCCAGUGGUUGUGACGCAGACUGCACCCAGGACACAGAGGCUGAUUCAGGGGCUGAGACCUGGACUUGUCUAUCAAGUCACACUGAAGGUCUUUGAGUUUAUGAAUAUCGUGUGCACAGAUGUUAAAGAAACCAUAACAGUGCCUGCUGCAGCUCAGAUCACCUCUUCCAGAGCCCUUUCCAGUACAUCUAUAAGGCUCGAGUGGUCCAGCGUGAUAGGGGCGGACAGCUACAUAUUGUUUGUGGUGGAGUUGUUUGGUUCGCCCCCAAAAUCAUACAGCCAGACCUUCACGACCCUGAACGGACAAGUGAACGACCUAACUCCUUCUACAACGUACAACUGUUACGUUUACGCAUCAAACAGUGCCGGAAAAAGUGCCAGUAGUAACACAAGGACAAUCACGACGUUGCUGCAGCCGCCAACGGGUUUGACUCUCAUAUCAACGGGAAGGAGCACAGCCAAAAUAACUUGGAGCCCUGUAAGCAAAGUCCUGCUCUAUCAAGUGACCGUGAGGGACAAAUACAACCCCAGCAAAGCCCCGGUCAUCAGAAACACUUCCGCCACAUACAUGGAAAUUGUCAAUCUGGAGUCCUGCUCCACCUACACAGUUGGAGUCUCCUCUGUCAACAUCUUCCUACUUCCUGGGGAGGCCUCAAAUGUUAUGCACACUACUUCCAGCAUUGACCCGGUGACAACCGUCUCUGUGGACUACAGCUGCUCCAGUGGCCUUGCUACGGUAACUUGGGAUUUGGUAUUCGGGGCCAACAUGUACAGGGCAGUGGCCGUUGAUAGCACCGGCGGGUCCCUUAACUGCACAUCCUCCUCCACCAGCUGCCGGAUCCCCAUGCUCAAAUGUGGUGAGAAGUACCAGGUCCAUGUGACAGCCAUCUCUAACGACUGCGAAAUCACCUCCAAUGCCACCUUUUUGUUUGAGACAGUGCCCUGUGCUCCAGCCAAUCCUACAACCAGUCACAAGUGCUCCAGCAACGUGAUUGUCUUCAGCUGGGAUCACACCAACAAAACCUUCUACUAUGAGGCAAUGGCUGUGGACAACACUGGCAAAACGACUGCGUGCAGGACGGAAGACAACGCGUGUUUUUUCACUAAUACGGACUGUGGUCAGUUCUACACGUUCACUGUGUACGCCGUGAGCGAGUGUAACAGUGAAGUCAGCAAGCCUGAGUUUGUCAGCACCUCUCCUUGUCUACCAUCAAAUGUGAUGACAGGAGCUGGGUGUCACUCCGACAUGUUGAUCACCACCUGGGACUCUGCUGCCGGGGCUCUCUCCUACACGGUAGAAGCCCGGGAUAACACGGGAGAAACCUACAACUGCACCACCUCGUCCAACAGCUGUGCGGUGAACGGGGUCCCGUGUGGGGAACACCUCAGCGUGUGGAUCACCGCCUCCAAUGACUACUGCUCCACUGACCAGGUCCUGGGAGAUAUAGCUCAGACCGUUCCCUGCAGCCCCAUCAAUGCCUCAGCAUCAGUCAACUGCAGCCAAGACUCUGCCACGGUCACCUGGACGACGAGCAUCGGUGCUAUAUUCUACAUCGCCGUUGCAGAGGAUGGAAAUGGGAAUUCGCACAGUUGCAAUUCGAUGGGCACCAACUGCUUGAUCAAAGGCCUGAGAUGUGGACAGAAUUACACCGCCAGCGUCAUCGGCACCAACCUGGAGUGCAACAGCAGCGCCAGCAACGAGGUCACCUUCACGACAGCUCCUUGUCCUCCAACCAACGUUGAGGCGUUCAGAGUCUGUCCCUCCAACCAUGCUCUGAUAGUCUGGCAGAACCAUCAGCCCACAGGGGUCUACACGGCAACCAUAGAGGAUCAGAGCCGAGCCCAGCUCACCUGCACCAGCAACGCGGUCAACAACUGCAAGAUCCCGUCUCUGGUCUGUGGGAAGACGUACAACGUCACCGUCACCUACAAUGAUGGAAACUGUCCGUCCACUUCCACACCUAUCACCAUGGACUCAGUGCCAUGCAGUCCUAAGGAUGUGAGGACCAGGGUGGCGUGUGUCACCGACAAGCUGCUGGUCACGUGGAACAUCUCCGUUCCUGCAGAGAACUACACCACCAUGAUCUCCAGAGGAGUGGGUCAGCCUGUGUACUGUAACUCCACAGAGACACAAUGCACCAUGGGAGGCUUGUCGUGUGGGAGCUCCUACGCCGUGACCGUCUUCUCCGUCAGCGGGACGUGCUUCAGUCUGCCGAGUACCGAGGUCACAGUGCAAACAUCGCCGUGUCCUCCCACCAACGUCACAGCCGUGCACACGUGCGCUCCGGAUCUUGUUCCUGUGUCAUGGGUGGCCAGCGACAGUGCCAAAUACUACACUGCCGUCGCCGUGAGCGACGGAGGUCACCGGUCCGAGUGCACAACCAACGCAACGUCCUGCAGCCUCCCUGGACUGCACUGUGGGGAGGUCUACACCAUCGGUGCCUCGGGAGCUGAUGACAACUGCGCAGGUCAACUGAGUGACACUGUCUCUUUGAGCACAGAACCAUGUACUCCGUCCAGUGUGACCAGCCAGGUGAUGUGUAGCGCUGCCACCGCGCAGGUGUUCUGGCCCCACAGUGCUAAUGCAGUGAGCUAUUCUGUGAAAGCCACCAGCGGCGGAGCGAUGCUCAGGUGCAGCGGGCCCAACCCCAACUGCACGCUGGGUAACCUGGUCUGCGGCCAGGAGUAUGACAUCAUCGUGUCUGCCACUGACGGGACCUGUGUGAGCAACUUCAGCGCCCCCUUCAAGCAAGACCCAGUCCCGUGUGCCCCGCAGAAUGUUAGCGCUACCCUGGUCUGUUCCAAUCACUCGGCUCUGGUCUCAUGGGUAGGAAGCCCCAAGGCUGAAAGUUACAAUGUGACAAUGACGGGCCGGGACGGACACACACACCACUGCCACACCAACACUACCAGCUGCCAGCUACCUGGCAUCCACUGCGGUGAAACCUAUAGCAUCACGGUCACACCGUCCUCUAAGACAUGCACAGGACACCCAAGUCUUUGCGCUCCUGUUAAUGUCACCGUGUCUCCGGCUUGUGAGGACAGCACUGUCUCUUGGACUCACGUAACAGGGGCUGAGAUGUACGUAGCAACAGCAACUGCAGCUGAUGGACACAAUCACACUUGCGGCUCCAACUAUUCCAGCUCGUGCAGUUUCACCGGCCUCCACUGCGGGGAAACCUACACUGUUACCGUGGUAACUGUGGACAGGGGCUGCUGGAGCGAGCCCAGCUCAGCCGUGGAGCUGAGAACAGCUUUGUGUCCACCUACCAACUUAACGGGCCGUGUCAGUUGCGAUACCAACGCACUGACUCUCACAUGGGACCCGAGUCCAGUGUCCGGGGUCACCUACGCUUUACAAACCGACCCAGGCGGCCAAGUCCCUCCUUCAGUGUACACUACCUCUAACACCUCACACACGCUGACCAACGGGCUGUGUGGACAGCGAUAUGCCGUCCGCAUUGCAGCACAGGAUGGAAACUGCCGCGGCAGCUACAGCUCGCCCAUAGAAAUAAGCACAGCCCCUUGUCAGCCAACCGACCUCAUUGCGCGUGUGGACUGUGGGUCAAACAAAGGGAAUUUCUCCUGGUUGGGAAGCAGCGGAGUAAGCUUCUACACCGUUGAGGUGACAGGACGCCACGGCCACGUGGCGUCCUGUUCCUCCGACGCCACUUCCUGUGCCGUGAGACUUGACUGUGGCCGGUCGUACUCGGCCACACUGGUGGCGUCCACAGAAAGCUGCAACAGCAGCAGACAUGCUGACGUUCAUUUUGACUCGGCUCCCUGUCUCAUGGAAGAUGUCUCCGCUGAGUUGCACUGUAGCACCAACGUGAUGGAUGUGAGUUGGACGGAGACGGGCUCGGACAAUUACACCGCCUGGGCCAUCAGCGCGGAUGGACACAGAGCUUCCUGCAACGCGACGUCCAACUCCUGCUCCAUUCGGGAUCUGCGGUGCGGCGAGGUCUACGAGGUGGCCGUCACCCCCUCCUCCAUCCACUGCCCAAUCAUCGCCGGUUCCGACUACAAGGUUCAAACUGCUCCUUGUAAACCUGAGAACACCACUGUCGACCAGAGCUGUAGCAGCAACACGGCAACAGUCCAGUGGAGCCAGGGCAGCGCACCACAGAACAACACUGUCACAGCGACGUCUGCUUCAGGUGUUAACUCCACCCGGGACUCCACCGAGAGCAGCUACUCUUUCCUGGACCUCAGCUGUGGUCAGCUCUACACUUUCACCGUGAUGGGACACGCUAAUGGGUGCAUGAGCGAGAUGAGCACUCCUGUGGAGAAGCUCACCGGUCCCUGCCAGCCUGAUGGCCUCUCGGUUACUUUCCACUGUAACAAUCAGUCUGCACAGCUGUCCUGGACCCCCAUUGAUAACGCUGUGGACUACUACGGCUGUGCCCAGGCUGGAAACGGAGACAUGCUGCACUGUCACAGCAGAAAUCCCACGUGCACCAUCCAGGAUCUCGAUUGCGGAACAGUUUACAACUUCUCUGUCCAGGCCUCAGAUGGGAAAUGCAACAGCUCCUUUGGUGACCCUGUGCAGAGUGGAGCAGCUCCCUGUCCUCCAGACAAUGUUACGGUGAAGCUGAUGGCGAUGCAGAUGGAGAUCCAGGUGAUGCGCUUCUCCUGGACAGAGGUCACCUGUAACGACACAGACUAUAUCCUGAAGUUGACAGGAAGUCUGCUGGGAGACAGCCAGGCCCAGUUUGAUCUCUCAUCCUAUUGGACAAGCACAACAUACUUUGAGAUUCCUCUGCCCUGCGGUUCGGCCUACUCUGCUACAGUGGAGAGCAGGAACGCUGCCGGGACCAGCAACCCAUCAGGGGCUCUCAACGGUACAACAGCUCCUUGUCCACCAUCAGGAGUGGCGUACGGCGGGAACAGCUCCUUUGCGACAGUUUCGUGGAACGCGUCCGUGUUCGCCACCACAUUCAGGGUGUACGACAACAGCGUGAAGCCCAAAGCCCGGCUGUGCAGCACCGCUGGGCUGUCCUGCUCUCUGACCAACGUCACCUCCACGAACAUCGGGAUCACAGCUGGCAACGCAGCUGGAGAAAGUGAAGCGACAAGUGUGCCAAUUGUGGUAUCUAAUCGCAGGAGGAGAGAUCUCAGUGUAAAAAGGCCAGAGACAGAGAAUGGAGGCCUCUCAGCUCCCGUGCUGGAUGUCAAACCAGCAACGUCAACAGGGAUUUUCGUUGGGUGGUCUCAAAUAGAAACCGCUACCCAUUACAGUCUGAUGAUCAGGAAGCAAGGCAGCUCCAGCGAGCCCGAGGAGAUGAGGGUGUACGGCGAGAGCAUCGUUCUCACUGAUCUGAGCCCAGACUCCAUCUACUGUGUCUGGGUGUCAGCCAGAAACUCGGCCACUAGUGGACCACAGUCAGAGCCGGUGUGUGUGCACCUGGGAGAGGGCCUCCCCCAGUAGGGAAACACUCGCGUUCAGGUCCGCACGGGAUGGUCUUACUGUAAAGUGGCAGCUUUUUUUACAUUUAAGAAUGACAAAUCAUUUCCCAGUUAGCCAUAACACACAAUGUCUGGUAGAACAUAGAGAAACACAUGUUAACUCCUGACAGUUACACUUCUGUUAGCUUCCUGUAAACUGCACAAUUAUUUCUUUCAGGUCUGCCAUGGUUGUUUUUUUCAUUUCUCCUUUCUAUGCCUUCUAUGACAAUUUUUCAUUGAGGCUACAUGGUUACAUUUCUAAGGCCCUUUUACUCUCGCUACUUUAUAUUUGAAUCACUUCUGUAAAGUGUUUAACAUGU